GCCUUUUACUCUCCUUAGUUCUAGUUCUUAGAGCUGUGACAUCAGGUUGUUUAUUUUGCCAGCACAUCUGUUCUCUCAUGGAACAUCCAUCGCAAGUGCUAAUAAAGAGAAACAGGGUCUCAGGAGGGAUUUAAACUUUAUUGACAACAUGAGGUCAAAUGCCAAAUCUGUUUGGGGCGGUGGUCGAAAUAAUAUUUAAAAUAAUUACUACUGGAACCUUUUUUAAGCCUUUCUCCGUACAGCGUGAUUUGGCGAAUGGGAAUCCCUUCCCCCUCUCGGGGCGGCUGGAGUGAGUGUGCCUCCUCUUCCUCCUCGCCUCUUACGACGUCACUGCAGUCUCGCAUCGCGUCGGGUAAAACGGUUUCCCCACUCGCUACCUCUUUAGUCGCCUUUUGUAACGGAAUAAUCGGUACAGAAUCCUGUUACUGUUAAACCGAAACGAGUACUUUAAGUCGGUGUCUGUUCUUUGAAAAUUGAUCAAGACACUGUUUUCUUUAAGCUGAAUUCCUUCGCCAUUCCUUUGGGAUGUAACCUAUAUGUUAGAGUAUUUUAUUUCAAACAUCUUUAAAUCUAAUUAUAAAAUGAGUUUUAUUUCAUUUUAAGUUGUUGUUAGCUGCCCAGACUGCACGCGUGUUUGUUUUCCUCAUUAACUUUCCUAAACUGAUGUUCUCACUCUGAAGGAGCUAGCAGUGUUUUUGGCUAGCUCUGUGAUGAAUGAUUUGCGCGGCGCGGGUUUGUUUGUUUCCCUGGAUACCACAGGACGUGCUGAUUUAGCGCCGUCAUUCACUGACACGCACGUACUGACCAUUUCUGAAGCCACAUCAUGACAAGACGAGCGAGAGACCCCCACAAUAUGGUGAACAGCUCCUGGUGAGGGAAACAAGCUUCAUUUUGGCCAUUUUCCAGGAUGGUCUCCUGCAUGUUUUCGUCGGAACCCCACAGAGCUCAUGCAUGGAUCCCAUCUUUGAUGAACUCCCCUAAGCACCAGCCAUUCUCAGGCCACUAGAGCAGACCUGUUGUUUUGGCCAUGUCAGGAACCAACCUUCCUGCACCAUUUAAGUUUUGUACCCGCCGUGAGAGUGUGGACUGGCGUCGGAUUAAUGCGAUUGAUGUGGACCGGGUGUCGGGUGAGCUGGACUUUCAGAUGCUCCAGGAGCACAUUGCAGGGGUGGCAUUCUGCAGCUUAGAAGGUGAACGAUGUCUGAACUGCCAGAGCCACGUGGACCCGGCACUGCUCAAGCUGUUCCGUUUAGCCCAACUCACAAUCCAAUACUUGCUGCACUCACAGGACUGCCUGGCUCUCAGUUUGCAGACUGCUCAGGAGCAACUUCAGAUUGAGGCCAAAGAGAAGCAGCAUCUCCAGGUGCAGCUGCAGAAGCAGUGUCAGGAUGGCAAGCUCUUAAAAGAAGAGCUAAAGCAGCGGAAGAAGAUUAUUGCCUCUCAGCAAGCCAUGAUCAGUGCAGGCUUGGCUAAUUACCAUAAGUGCCAACAUUGUGAAAAAGCCUUCAUGAACAUCUCAUUCUUGCAAAGUCACAUGAAACGUAGGCAUCCUUUGGAGCAUGACAUAAAACGGGGUACUGAUAAUCAGAAGGAUCUUCAGACAAUAAAGUUACAGGAAGAAAUUAUCAGGCUGCAGGAUCAAUUAACCCUGGCUAAAUCUGAAAUGGAGACACAGCAAAAAGAUUACAACAUCAAACAGGAGAAGGAUCUAACUCAGAAACAGGUGGACUUUAUGAAACAGCUGGAAAUCUGGAAGGAAAAUGAGCGUGUACAGAUGAAGAGCAAAAUAGAUGAUGUAAAGCAGGCCUGUCGGAGAGAGAUCGACUCCAUACACCAGAAAAAUAGAAACCUAGAGGAACAACUGUUGAGGUUACAACAAAGCAGUAAGAUGCAGGAGAGCAUGCAGCUGGAGCAGGGACAGGCAUGUUCUGUCCAGAACAGUGAAGACAAACACAAGGAGGAGGUUGCACAACUUCGACAGAAGCUCCACAAUCAGGAAAUUAAGUGGACUACAAAAAUGCAGAAAAUAAAGGAAGAAUGUGAGGAUGAGAAAAAUCAGCUCCAGAAUGCACUGACACAGACACACUUGACCAUCUCCAAGGAAAAGAAACGGUUAGAGACACAGGUGGCAGAGCUGGAACUCAGGCUGGAAGAGCAGCAGCAGAUCAACACAUCCCAACAAUUGAAGAUAAAAUAUUUCAAUGCAAAUUCAUCUAAACCAACAGUACAACAGAAAGAGUGUGCAGCUGUUGCAGCAGCUCCAGGACCUAAAAAGAGAGUUGUUAGUGAGCAGUCCAGCUUGGUCUAUAAAUUGGAUCCUAUAGUGGAGCUUUCAGAGGAAGACAGAGAUUCGUCAAGCUACUCAGAAAGUCUGGCUAACAGCCAAUCAAGGAAGCAAAAAGUAGUUGAGCAGUUGAAGAAUCCCAGCCUCAAGAGGGACAUGCACAUUGCUGUGCAGCAAAGCCUCAAUGAUAAGUUGCUACAUAUAGGCAUCGAGUCUGCUGUUGAUGGGAUCUCUAAGACAGAAUACAAGACUGCCAUGGUUUAUGUGCUCUCUGAGAGGCAGCAGAGACAGAGGGACUAUGCAGAGUACCAAAAGAUACAGAAGUUUCUCAGGAAAAAUCUAGAUAUAAGAGUUAAGGAAAGAAGCACACGGACAAUCGCCAAGCCCAAACAAUCAGUUCUAACAUUACCUCAGGCCCGGCCACGGACUAACAGUCUUCCCAUUAUAGUCACCCAAGUGGUGUCAGACCCCUCUGCCAGACAGCAAUACGCAUCCCACCCAGGUCAUCAUAACAGCACUGCCACUCGUACCACAACAUCCACACAAAUGGCAUCUCACAGAACUGCUCAAUCCAGUCUAGAUCAAGAUUCCUCAGAAGAUGACAACUUGGACAAAGAGUUUUCUCAGGCACCAAAAAUCACAGUAAAAAGCCAUUCCCCAGUUCAGUGGCACACUGCUUCUGCAGCUCUAGCCACUUUUCAGAAAGUAACACAAAGCUCUGGAUCUCACCAGGCACCAGCAUUUAGCAUCGGCAGAAUGGAAGUGACCUUACCUGAAAGCACAAGUGAGUGGACCGAAGGCAGCGAGAUGGAGGAGAUUUCCCUAGAUGAGCUACAGGAGAACACAGAAGAGAACAGAAAUGUCCCUAAGACCUCAUGCAGUUACGUUAAGGCACUAAGCAAUAAUCUGGAGCAGCAACUCGCAGACAUGGGCUCAAAAAAAUUGACGGGGGUUGCCACUCCAGAUAAUCCUACUGGAGUGAUUAACACAAAUGAUGACGUGAUGGAGGUGAAACACAAUGACUUUGAGGACAAUAACGAUGAUGACUGGGACAUUUCCUCUUUAGAGGAUGUCCCCGUUGCACACCAACCUAGUUCUGCCCCUGUGAGAAAGAGCAUGGACAAAAGUCUCAACACCAGCACUAGUGUGUGGGGAACUUUAACUGGCAAAGGAGAACAGCCAGGUCUUAAAGACACUGGCAGUACGCUGAAGAGCAGUAUUUUGACAGUUAGUGACUGGGACGAUUCAGACUGCACAUAAAUAUAAUAAAGUUUUGUAAUAAGCAAUAAUAAUGCCAAAAACAUCACAUGCAAAAAAAAUGGACCAAACACAAUGUUUUAUUAUAAAGGCUGUUGAAUGCACACACUAAGAGAUGUUGUGCUAAUAUGCUGCAAGUUGCACAUAAAUAUUCACAUAACUGUAGUAAUACUUAAGGUCCUUAAUAUGUGGUGAAAUUCAAAGCUUUUCAGAGACCACAAUGCGAUAUAAUCUUUCCUUUGUACUCAACAAUGUAACAGCUUUUUACAUAGGUUUUAACCAGUGAAUUUGCAUUUUUAUAAUUUUAAUGGUACAAAAAAGUUGAUGUAAACACUACAAUCGUUUAAACAUGCUUUACUUUUUAUUUCAACAUUUGAAAUAUGUAUCAGUGUAGAAUAACGUGCACCUGAUGAGAUGAUUCAUGGAUCUGAUUUUGCCACAUUCACUGCUGCUCUUGCAAAAUGUUUGACCCUGAAGUAAUUCAGGCCACAGUGACCCUGAGCAGAAAAAAAGCUUUUACCACAGAAUUAAUAAACACGUGAACACAUUUUGGACUUCUGCCUGAAUAUGCCUUUGUAUUCAAGUUUUUGCCUUAUUAUUGCCCCAGUUUGUGUCCUGUAAGCUUCAUAUCUACCUAAUCAUGUUUCCCAAAUGCUUAAAUGUCAAUUUAAAAAAGAUACUGCUCUUCCUCUAUUAUAAACAAUGCAUGAAAUAA